AUGUCAGCUGAUGAAGCUGGUACGUCACGAAAGCGAUCUUCUUCUCAACUAAUCAUUCACGGUGAUCAAAUAUCAGGCGAAGCGAGUCGACAAAAUGAUGAGUAUGAAGAAUCGCGAAAUGAUGAACCGCAAGUGAAGCGUUUUCUUCCACUAUCAUUAUCGUCGGGUCUUCGUAAUCUCAUUGAACCCGAAAGCGAACGUGCAACUCCGCUUGAUUCCUCUUUUAUUGCGAAUGACACAAGUAAUUCACUGCAAACGGAUUCGAAAACGUUAACUUGUCGAGUAUGUAUAAGCGCUCAUUUGGAAAAUCAUUCAUUAUGUCCGAUAUGUCGAAAAAACUUGUUAAAAUCGUCGAAACUUCUAAUUUCUCCAAAUAUAACUGUAGCAGAAGCGACAGAAACAUUGAGAGCGCAAAUAGAAAUAAGUCGAAAAUAUGGAAAAAAUCGACCAACUAGACUAUAUGAUGAUAAUGGAAAUCUAAACGAGCUUUUAAAUCAAUUGAACAAUUUGGAUAGUGAAUCGCUUGAUCAUGUAAUAAGUUUUCUAAAUAAACGUCGUCUCGAAAUAGGUUAUUUAAAUAAAAAGAAAAAAGCUCGAUUAUUGCGGCAAUUUAUGGAUCAGAUGAUUGCUCGUCGUGAAAAUAUCAUAAAACAAGCCGAACUUGAAUUGAAAUUGAUCAAGAGUGAUAAAAUCAAAAUGGAAAUGAAUACUAAUUUCUUGGACUGCAAUUUAUGUGAUAAAUAUGCUUGCCACAGUAGUGCAAUGGCAUCAUAUUCUGCGUUUACGAAGAUAAAAGGUGAUAAUUUAUCUGUAACAGAUGGUGAUGGAUUAUUGUCACGCGAAGAUUUGCAUAGAUUUCAUUCUCGUUUGAGUAACAAUUUCAGCAAUAUCGAGCAGUUAUAUUUCAACAAGCGAAAUAAUGAUUGGAGUAAUUCUGAUGGAAUGUGUGAAGCCGAUCUAAAUGAUUUUUCUGAUAUGUUGUAUGGUGUAAUCGAAUAUGAAAAGUUUAAUCGUUUGGCCGUUCUAGAUUAUAAUUCGUGUCUGGUUGGAAAUCCAUUAUCAAUCGUUUCUAGCAUAGAAUUCGAUAAAGAUGAAGAAUAUUUCGUCGUUGCUGGAGUUACAAACAAAAUUAACAUAUAUGAUUACAAUAGCAUUGUCGAAGUUUCGCAUGAAUCAAUUCGUCAUCCGAUCAUGCAACUCACGUGUCCUUCAAAAAUAAGUAAUGUGGCAUGGAACCCUUUCAUUAAAUCGAUGUUGGUUAAUAGUGAUUAUGAAGGAAAUAUUCAUAUUUGGGAUACAAAGCAGUGUAAAGAUGUUAAAUUUUAUAAGGAACACCAAAGGCGUUGCUGGUCAGUCGAAUUCAACCAAAUAGAUCCUCAUAUUAUGGCUUCUGGAUCGGACGAUGCUAAGGUGAAAUUGUGGUCCCUAAAUUGCUCACGUUCGAUUGCAACUAUCGAAGCUAAAGUGAAUGUUUGCAGCGUGCAUUUUAGCCCCAUGUCAAGGCACAAUUUAGCAUUUGGUUCUGCUGAUCAUUGUGUCCAUCUCUAUGACACUCGCAAUAUAUCAAAGGCUGUUAACAUCUUACGCGGACAUCGUAAAGCAGUUUCUUAUGUGAAAUAUUGCAAUGAGAAUGAAUUAGUCUCAGCAUCAACUGAUAGUAAUUUACGCCUUUGGGAUGUAAGCAGUGGAAAAUGUAUUCGUAUCAUGAAAGGUCAUCAGAAUGAAAGGAAUUUUGCUGGUUUAGCUACAAAUGGUCGACAUAUUGCUUGCGGGUCGGAGGAUAAUCAACUAUUUUUAUAUUACAAAGGAUUGACUGAUCCAAUUUUGCGGUAUGAUUUUAGUUUUGCAGAAUGUGUACCAUUAUCUGUUGAUUCAGCAAAUGAUUUUGUUUCGGCUGUAUGUUGGAAAAAGAAAUCCAAUGUGAUUGUGGCUGCAAAUAGUCGAGGAAUAAUUCAAAUUUUAGAAGUGGAUUAA